GUUUGAAGAAUUUGCAUAUAGCAGGCUGUAACACACAAGCCUCUGCACCCACAGGAGUGUAAAGAAUUCAGCCAAGAACAGGUCUACAGGGUGAGCUGAAAUAAGCUGUUUAAGAUGAAGAAAUCUGAACCAGAAUUGAAAGUGUUUUCCACCACUGAAAAGUCUAAAAAUUUUCUUCCACUUUUGAGCCCUGAAGUCACUGUGAACCAAAUUGUUCAUGCCAACCCACAUCGUGAAAAAGUCAUACCAAACCGUUGCAUAGAUGCUGAUUAUUUCUCCCAAAGCCAAUGCAGAUGUGGACAAGUGUACCAAAAGUUAAGCAGGCAGCCAGAAGAAAGAGGAGCAAAUUUUGCCAGGAUGAAUUUUUAUCAUCAACUUCCUGAUGGCCAUCGCCCACAUCCUGCAGAGACCAGGCAGAGUGACAUGAGAUCUGAGUGCAGCUGCUGGGAGUGUGGACCAAACCAGUGUGGGACAACGGACCCCGCAAACAGAGACACAACUGGAGGAGAGUAUGAAUACAAUCCUCAGCUUCAGAGUGAUGAAGAAGAGCUCGAGCCUCCGUUGCCUCUGAUAUCUGAUGAUGAGUGGCAACACUACAGUCCCUUUCUACCUCCUCACCCCUAUCUGCACAACUACAGUCUUCAUCAUACUAUGGAUGUCAGGUAUUAUCCCUCUGCAGUACAAGGACAGUACAACCUCAACCCGGUCAAUAGAUACCCACCUCGACUAUAUCACCACUCUCCUCCCUGUCAGCAUAGAAGGCUCUGGGAUGAGCCGCAACACUGGCUCCGACAUCAUGAUAACUGUUUGAAUAACAGCGUGGCUCAGGGAAGCGUCUCAGUAAACGUGCCUCAGUUCUCUGUCCCCCCUAUGGAGGGUGUGUCACAGGUCAGUGUGAUGAACCUGAGCUCAGCGGGAGCAGAAGAAUCUGCCUCACAUCCACAUGAGAAAAGAAGAACCAUCAGUCUACCUGAUGAGUGCCGAAACAUUUUUAUAACUUAUUCUUCGGACGUGUGCUCAGAGAUGGUCCCCUUUGUAGACUUCCUAACAAAGCAAGGUUUUCGACCAGCUAUUGACAUAUUAGACAACCCUGUUAGACGCGCAGACAUCAACAAGUGGCAGGACAGUUGCCUAAAAGAUUCAUCAAACCUGAUUAUCAUCGCCAUCAGUCCAAAGUAUAAGGCGGACAUUGAAGGAUCUGUAGCAGACAGCCAUGGUCUACACACCAAAUACAUACAUUCCAUGAUGCAGAAUGAGUUCAUCCAGCAAGGCAGCUUGAAUUUCAGAUUCAUACCAGUUCUCUUCCUCAAUGCAUCCCAGAAGCAUGUCCCAAGUUGGCUUCAGAACACUCAUGUUUACCGCUGGCCACACGACACUGAGGAUUUGUUACUGCGACUGCUUAGAGAGGAGAGGUAUGUUCCUCCUCCUGUGCCCAUGGAGCUCACGCUCAUCAUCAGGCCAGUGGCCCCGAGUGCUUCAGCUACACUGUAAAAUACACACCUGUGUUUAUGUAUGUGGGUGUAUUUGACAUUUUCUCUUUGGAGUACAAGACAAACAAAAAGCUUGUGUAGUUGUGAUGUAUCUAUUGUACAGCUGUUUUUCAGAUGUUUCAAUAAAGAGUUUUUCUCUG